AUGGUGGCGCUCUUCCCCAUCGGAUAUUCUUUUUCUCUACUCGCUGUAUUGUCAAGUGCACAUCUCUUUGAAAAGUUUUUAUGGAGCAAGCUCCGAAUUGGUCAGUACAAACGUACCUCGUGUUUCGUGCUCACAUUUUGCGCCUUUGUUCGUGUUCGUCUCGCUGCCCUCUUUCAAGUCGUCAUAAUGGCCGCUGGGAUUGAUCAGCAACAACAACAACAGGUUAUGAGUAUGUUAGAUAGUUUCUCGUUCAACGAUCCAAUAAAUAUGCUUGGUGCUGGCGGUGGAGGAGGAGGAAACGCACCGCAACCUCAGCAAUAUAUACCUGGUAUACUCGGCGGUCAUAUACCGGGGAUGCCAGGUCCAUUCAUGAGCGGGCCACCCUUUCCGCAUCCUGCACAGCAACCACCUCAACUGCAGGACAUGUUCUCCGUUGCUCAGACAACUGCUUCACUUCUCUCGGCGUCGGGCGUUUUAUCAUAUUCAGACGCUCCAUCGCGCCAGGGUGGAAGCUUGGCACCGGGAGCACCCAUAGGUGUGCCACCAGGUCAGACCGACACAUCUCAGGGAGGCACUGGAUCACAACAACAGGGAGCACUGCCGUCCGGCGGAAGUCAACUACCUGCGCUUUCUGGUGGGGUGCAAUUCCAGUGUCCACGCCGUCCAAAUCAUGGUCUCGAAGGACGCUCGAUCUUGCUCCGAGCGAAUCAUUUUGCUGUACGAAUGCCUGGUGGUACGAUACAGCACUAUCAUGUAGAUGUUUCACCGGAUAAGUGCCCACGAAGAGUGAACAGGGAGAUUAUACUCUGCAUGAUUCGCUCUUUUGGGAAGUACUUCAGUUCGACAAGGCCAGUAUAUGAUGGAAAAAGAAAUAUGUAUACGCGUGAACCGUUGCCCAUUGGGAGAGAAAAAAUGGAAUUUGAGGUGACGCUGCCGGGCGAUUCGGCUGUGGAACGUCAGUUCACUGUGACCGUUAAAUGGGCAGGCCAAGUUUCACUAUCCACUCUUGAAGAUGCAAUGGAGGGUCGCGUUCGUCAGGUGCCAUUUGAAGCUGUCCAGGCUAUGGAUGUCAUCCUGAGACAUCUGCCGAGUUUGAAGUACACUCCCGUGGGACGUUCAUUCUUCUCCCCACCAGCUCAGCCUCAUCAGGCACCACAACAGCAUGGUCAGUACCACAUGGAAAGUAAGCUAGGCGGAGGACGUGAGGUUUGGUUUGGAUUUCAUCAGUCGGUGAGGCCAUCACAGUGGAAAAUGAUGCUCAAUAUUGAUGUAUCUGCCACAGCAUUCUAUCGAUCCAUGCCCGUUAUUGAGUUUGUGGCUGAAGUACUCGAGCUACCUGUUCAGGCUUUAACAGAACGUCGUGCCUUAUCGGACGCGCAGCGUGUGAAGUUCACCAAAGAGAUCCGAGGACUAAAAAUUGAAAUCACCCACUGUGGUACUAUGCGUCGUAAAUAUCGUGUGUGCAAUGUUACGAGGAGACCAGCGCAGACACAAACCUUUCCGCUACAACUAGAGACUGGCCAGACUAUCGAAUGUACCGUUGCCAAGUACUUUUACGACAAAUAUCGUAUCCAGCUCAAGUAUCCACAUCUACCAUGUCUGCAGGUUGGCCAAGAGCAAAAGCACACUUAUUUGCCUCCUGAAGUAUGCCAUGUUGUACCAGGACAGCGUUGCAUCAAAAAACUAACGGACACACAGACGUCGACCAUGAUCAAGGCAACGGCACGGUCUGCGCCAGAACGUGAACGUGAAAUUGCCAGUUUGGUCAGAAAGGCCGAAUUUUCGGCAGAUCCGUUUGCUCAUGAGUUUGGCAUCGCAAUCAACUCUGCCAUGACUGAAGUGAAAGGGCGGGUUCUGUCAGCACCAAAGCUUCAGUACGGUGGCAGGAACAAAGCAACAGCUUUGCCAAAUCAAGGAGUCUGGGAUAUGCGUGGGAAACAGUUCCAUACUGGCAUUGAUGUUAAGGUUUGGGCUAUAGCAUGUUUCGCACAACAGCAGCAUGUAAAAGAGAAUGAUCUGCGUAAUUUUACUGCUCAAUUGCAACGUAUAUCCAAUGAUGCCGGUAUGCCUAUUGUUGGGCAACCCUGCUUUUGCAAGUACGCAAUGGGAGUGGAUCAGGUGGAACCGAUGUUCAAAUACCUCAAACAAACAUUUUCGGGUAUUCAACUGGUUGUGGUAAUUCUGCCUGGAAAGACGCCCGUUUAUGCUGAAGUGAAACGUGUCGGUGAUACAGUGCUCGGAAUUGCUACGCAAUGUGUGCAAGCGAAAAACGUCAUCAAAACUACACCACAGACAUUGUCGAAUCUCUGUUUGAAAAUGAAUGUGAAACUAGGAGGUGUAAAUAGCAUUCUGUUGCCGGCAGUGCGUCCAAGGAUCUUCAAUGAGCCAGUCAUCUUCUUUGGUUGCGAUAUAACUCAUCCGCCUGCCGGAGAUUCACGCAAACCAUCUAUCGCUGCCGUGGUGGCAAGCAUGGAUGCGCAUCCAAGCAGAUAUGCGGCCACUGUACGUGUGCAGCAACAUCGUCAGGAAAUUAUUUCUGAUCUCACAUAUAUGGUUCGGGAACUGCUUGUGCAGUUCUACCGCAACACUCGUUUCAAACCAACGCGUAUAGUUGUCUAUCGAGAUGGAGUGUCGGAAGGACAGUUCUUUAAUGUAUUGCAAUAUGAACUCCGUGCAAUGCGUGAAGCGUGCAUGAUGUUAGAGAGCGGAUAUCAGCCGGGUAUUACAUUCAUUGCCGUACAAAAACGUCAUCACACUAGAUUGUUCGCCGUCGAUAAGAAGGACCAAGUUGGUAAAGCAUUCAAUAUUCCUCCGGGAACCACUGUCGACGUAGGAAUCACCCAUCCAACAGAAUUUGAUUUUUAUCUGUGUUCUCAUGCGGGUAUCCAAGGGACAUCUCGACCUUCACAUUACCAUGUACUCUGGGAUGAUAAUGAGCUAACAGCAGAUGAGUUGCAGCAACUCACUUAUCAAAUGUGCCAUACGUACGUAAGAUGUACUCGUUCGGUUUCAAUACCAGCUCCAGCUUACUAUGCUCAUUUGGUUGCAUUUCGAGCGCGUUAUCAUCUCGUCGAUCGUGAACAUGACUCAGGCGAAGGCAGCCAGCCGUCAGGCACAUCUGAGGACACCACACUUUCGAAUAUGGCAAGAGCUGUACAGGUGCAUCCUGAUGCGAACAACGUUAUGUACUUCGCGUAAACGCGUGAACUUUGGGAAUCUACCGGCUCGAUGCUGCAACGAGCGACCGCCGCGUUCCUCUGCGGUCGACCGCCGUCCUUCGCUUCGCUCUGCGCGCCCACGGCGGCCUAGGCCCUCACCUUCACGGUCGCCGCGUCCCGUCCGGCGCGGUGUCCAGUCGGUGCGUUUCUGAGUUUCUCGCAAUCAUGUCGUCCUCGUUUCUGCAUCGCCGGCAAACGUGAUUUUUGUCAUCUCUUCCACAAACUUACUCUUGCAUAUGUUCUGAUUCAUGUAGCGCGUUUAGCAAGCGUAUACCUCUGUUUAUUCUCAAAUUGCCGAUUUCACUGAUCGAAUAGGGUAUAGUCAUGGUUUUCUUCUCAAGCUGUUAUAGAGGUGUCUCGUGGACUUCGCAUCCUCCGCUCCCAUUUGCGCGCUUUCACAUCUGAUCAAAUAGGUUGUUAUAACUUGAUGGUGGUGCUGAAUUUAGGCACCGCCCGUCUUUCGGCGCAAUCAGGCCUAGUGUGUUUUUUUUUGUUAAGUUGCGUACUGCCUUCGCCACCCUUUUCUCUUUUUACCGCACCAUAGUUGCCGUUCUCUUGCAUUCUUCCCAUUUAAAACACGCAUGCCACUACGGAAUAUGUUUUGCGCUUUUCUAUCCGCCUGUUUGAUGUAUUCGUGAGCUUCAUAUUGACCGUUGGCCUUGAGUUGCUAUAAGUACACUGUCCAUCCAUGUGAUGUCGUUUCGCUGCAUUUGUCACAUUCGAGUCAGGCUUUGUUCGUGCAAGUGUAGCGGAGUGAGUAAUUCUUUCAGAAUGCAUUGAAUGUAUCGUAUUUUUCAAGUUGCAAACUGUGUUAGUACAGCUACAUCAACUUUACUGAAAACAAUUUUGGUAACGUUUGGUGCUAACAUGGUUCAUGUCUGCUGGGAUUAAGCUAACUCCUGGUUUGAUAUCGCAUUUUGCAUAUUGCUCCAACAUCUGCUAUUCGAUAAACGAUACUCUGUCAGUGUAUUGGUAUACUUUUUUGUCUCAAUAGCUUACGUAUGAUUACAGCUUUCUUUUCUCCUGUUCAUUAGUCGGUUUUCUCCAAUAUAUGUGAUUUUCAUUAUGUGUUAGGAAUACUUAUAUCGAUCUUAGUCGAGCUUUCGACGCUACUUGCCCAUACAAUCGCUGUGGGUUGUACGUCAAAGCCACGACCAUCCGGAUGUGCUUUGGAUCACCACACAUCUCCCCCUCUAUCUCUUCCCUUUCAUGCUUGUCAUCACUACGUGCAUAAACUGAUGCAGUUAUCAUGUUUCUCGCUUCAAAAUAUGUCUCUAUGUCUGUUUAUGUUGUCUCACUCGUUCCUCAUCCCUACCAUCAUCCUACAAUGUCGAUCCGUAUUAUUCGUAUUGAUUGAUUAUGGCAGGCUGUUUCCUAAAUGCCCAGUCUUUUUCCUCUCUUUGUGUGUGGUCACCACUGCCUCGUUGUUCUGUGUUUCAAUGGCAAGCAACAGGCACUAAUCAACUGUAAGUUGCCAAUUAUGUUAGACGUGCUGAUUCUGUUUUAGCAAUAAAAGUUACCAGUAA